AUGCGGAAGCUGCUCCCUUUCGCACUGGCUAGCCCUGGGUGGAAGCUGCAAGCGAGAAGGCUGCAAGCACUUAACACUAUUAGGCUACCAGCACCAUCGCUAUCACAUCCCACUGCACAGGCCCGGGCCGUGGUCCCGGACGACGGGGCGCUGCACUCGCACACGGGGGUCCAACUCCGCCUCACGUGCCGCGUGGACCUGGCUACGGAGCCCGUCAGCCACUUCUUCUGGUACCACAACGGGACCGGCAUCAACUUCUCCAAGACGCGCUCUCUCACGAUUGUCACGCACGGCUACUGUAGUUACGUUGUCAUCGAGAACGUGACUUGGGAGGAUUCCGGUGUGUACACCUGCGCGCCCCUGAGAGCGAGGCCCGCCAACCUCACGCUCCACGUGCUGCAAGGUGAGCGAGGGCGAGGCACAAGGCGGGUCGAAGGAUUCUCUAGGCUUCCAUUCUCGCUCUUCUGCUCUCACGUCCCCCCCUCCCUCGUUGCAGACGAACAGCGCUCCGCCUUGCACAACGGCCGCGGCGACAAGGACUUCGCCCGCGCCGCCGCCACCGCUUCCGUCCUUCUCCUUGCGCCGCCCUCGUGGCUGCUCCUCACUUGCCUCGUGGGCGCGAGGCCAUCCUGCUGA